AUGCAGCCAACAUCCACGGCGAUGCGGAUACGGACGAGUGGGUUCCGACUACAACUUUUGCCUUACAAAAUGAAAGAGCUGUUGGCAGUAUGUCUCAAGGGGCUUCGGAAAGAAGCGAUGCCGUUGCCUCUGACUUCAGCUUUGGCUGUCGGACAAGUCAAUUCACGCGCAACUGCAGUUCAUCUCCCUACUAUCGUUCUCCCUACUGCUACUCUCCCUACUGCUGCAGCGCAGUCCGCAGCAACCAUCGUCGUUACACCAUCAGUAUCACCUUCAUCGUCGACCCGGGUACCUGCACCCGAGACUUACUGCAAUUUGGCAGUUAAGGAGCAGUCAGCGCCAGAAGGAGUCAACCAAACUGUUGAGGACAUCAAGACCAAUUUGUCUGCUCUUCAUGGCUAUAAUGUAGACUUUAUGAGCUACACUGGGUAUCUGAAGUUCCAUGAGGGGCAACACCAGCAGUUUUAUGGGAGAGCCUUCAAGGAGUACCAAUGGGACUGCCAGUGA